CACCCCUUUCAUUACUGCUCUCAACAGUCCUCACCAUCUCUAUUUAACUACUUCUUAAUUACUCUUUUCUUCAUUUUCCUCUUUUCGGAGACUACCAACAUGUAUAGUGCCAGGCGAAGAACUAAACUCUUGCUUACUUUCUUACCCUUUACCACCAUUGUCUUACUCCUAUUCUCUGCAAUAACAACUCUCAAAAAGACCACCAAAACCACAGAAACUCCACGCUUGCACGUCCAUAGACACCUCCAAAUUGCUCACUCCACAUGUGAAGGCACACUCUACCCAAAGCUCUGCGUCUCAACUCUCUCUUCGCUCCCGGAUCUUGCCUCCAAAUCUGUCCAUCAACUCAUCUCCGCCACCAUAUACCGCACAUUGUACGAGAUUAGAGCCUCCUCCUCAAACUGCACUGGCAUUAGACAAAAGCACAAAAACCUUAACGCACUUGAAAAUAGAGCUAUUAUUGAUUGUCUUGAACUUUUUGAUGACACCAUUGCAGAGCUCACAUCAGCUCUCCUUGAUCUAUCCCCUAAAAAAACGACCUCCAAACAUUUCCACGAUAUGCAAACUUUGUUUAGCGGUGCAAUGACAAACCAGUACACGUGUCUUGAUGGGUUUGCUUACAGUAUAGGAAACGUGAGAGACGCAAUCAAGAACAACUUGUACAACAUCUCCCGACAUAUAAGUAACUCUUUGGUCAUGCUGAAGAAAGUCCCUGGUUUUAACAUGUCCUUAAAGUCAGAGUCGGAGGUUUUCCAGGGUUAUGGACGAAUGAAGAGAGGGUUUCCAACUUGGUUGUCCUCAAAAGAUCGAAAACUGUUACAGACAACAGUGAAUGGCACCAAAUAUGAUCUGAUAGUGGCUAAAGAUGGCACUGGAAAUUAUACAACCAUUGGUGAUGCAGUGGCUGCAGCUCCCAACUCAAGCACCACCAGGUUUGUGAUCUAUAUAAAAGCUGGGGCCUACUUUGAGAACGUGGAAGUGGAGAGGAAGAAGACAAUGUUGAUGUUUAUUGGAGAUGGUAUCGGCAAAACAGUAGUGAAAGCGAGUAGAAAUGUUGUUGAUGGAUGGACUACUUUCCGGUCGGCCACAGUAGCUGUGGUGGGGAACGGAUUCAUUGCAAAGGGUAUAACCUUUGAAAACUCGGCAGGCCCUAGUAAGCACCAAGCAGUGGCCUUAAGGAGUGGCUCAGAUCUCUCUGCAUUUUAUAAAUGCAGCUUUAUUGGUUACCAAGACACUUUAUACGUUCAUUCCCUUCGGCAAUUCUAUAGAGACUGUGACAUUUAUGGUACAAUUGACUUCAUAUUUGGCAAUGCAGCUGUGGUCUUUCAAAAUUGCAACUUAUAUGCUCGUAAACCAAAUGAAAACCAGAAAAACAUAUUUACAGCCCAAGGAAGAGAAGAUCCCAACCAGAACACAGGAAUAUCCAUCUUGAAUUGCAAAGUCGCUGCAGCUGCAGAUUUAAUUCCAAAUCAAACGAAUUUUAAGACAUAUCUUGGUCGUCCUUGGAAAGAGUACUCUAGAACAGUUUAUCUUCAAUCUUACAUUGGUGACUUGGUUGAUCCGGCAGGAUGGCUUGAAUGGAAUAGCACAUUUGCAUUGUCUACGCUUUACUAUGGGGAGUACAAGAACAGAGGCCCUGGCUCUAAUACAAGUGCUAGAGUGACGUGGCCUGGUUAUCGAAUCAUUAAUAGCUCCAAUGUGGCAGGUCAGUUUACAGUUGAGGGAUUCUUGCAGGGUAGUCAAUGGCUUAAUUCUACUCACAUUCCUUUCUUUCCUAAUCUGAGUUGAGCCCAAUUUUUUUUAUUUUUGCCCAUGAUGUCUCAACAGUCAACAACUGGCUUUCGUCUGGGAAAAAAUUAUAUCCAUCUACUGAGAAAAGUUCUAGUGUUAUUGUCAACCACUAUGUACUGGAAUAAAAGUUGUUUAAUAAAAUCCUAUUGUUUAAUCCUA